CAACAAUGAUGAAUAGCUCGCCUUCAGCAAAGCAAGGACCUGAAGAUCCGCCUUCGCUGUGUGCCAUGACCCCUCACAACGCCAACGGCUCAGAGCUUUCGCUCGGUGCGCGACAGAGCGCUGGCGAGAAUCGGGGAGCCUUCGCUUCUCGCUUGGCUGUGGCUGCCAAGAUCUUCUAUGGUAUUUUCUUGUUGUGUGGAGUGGUGCUCAGCCUCGUGGGCUUGAUCUUUUUGGCGUCGUUCGCUUCUGGUUUCUCUGACUUGCUGGUGAUCCUGCUCGGGUUCCUGUUGAUCUUAGUCGGCCUGGGAUUCAACAUGCCGGUGAGCGUGCGCGUGGUCAAGCAGGACGCGCAGUACAUCUUAGAGCUUCGGCGGCGCUUCCGCGCGUCGAUCAAGCAGCCCCUGACGGCGCUGCAGGGCUUCCAAGAGUUGCUGGGAUGGAGUCCUGGAUGAAAGGGAUCCGCGCAGGGCAUCGACAUGCUCGUACGGCCGUACGUGACGCCCCUGAAAUGCGCCCGGGAGGAGAGGCAAGCCUGACUCACCAUCCCUUGUUGUCGCAUGAGCUGUUUGGGGACAUCGACAUCCUUACAAACCGUGAAGGAUUGGGUUGGUUUUACCAAAGAAGCCCUCAAAGCCGGUGAAGACGUGGUGGCUUCUUGUGGCUUUUGGUGUCGAUGUCUUUGAGAUGUCUGCCUUCGGGCCUUCAGGAUGGGCCCCUUGCAAGCGAAGGGCUUCGUGACAGGGCCGCCUUCCUGGUUGUUGAUCUUCGCCCAAGAUCUGUGGGUCGUCAGUGUGGCAGAACACGAGGAGUUCUUGCUGGCCCUCAAGCAAGCAUGCGAUGAGUCGGAGCACCCCUUGAAGGAUCAACUUGCGCAGUGUGUGAGUGCUACUCUGAGGGCGUGAGGGAUGCCACAAAAGUCUUCUAGCUACUCGUAGCUUCUUGUUGCUAGUACUAAUGGCCUCCAACCUACUAGCGAUGGCCUCAAAGUGCUUAGUCCCCGGAUUUCCUUGAUCUGGAUGCGAAAAGUCCCCAGUUGGGGAGCUGGGCAGCAAAUUUGGGUCUCACAUGCCAAAGAGCAGGUGAAUGCCAGCGCCCAUGAGACGUUCCAUCGAAAUCGUUUUGGUGGAUGGACACAUCGUGUACACUUUGAUCCGAGAGACCUGAUGGAUCCCG